CCCCUCCCUUCCCCAAUCGACCGAACCCACUUUCGGGAAGUUUUUACCCCCGGAUCUUGGCCAGCGUUUUCCGAGAGGCAAAGUUGGAUCUAGCCGGGAGCAGCAUGUGGAGGCAAACGGCAGCGGCCCUCCUGUUCCUGCUGACGCUGUCCGAGGCUGAUCGGUUCCUCAGCCAGAGCUCAGCCUCCCAGUUCCUCAGGAGGCACAGGAGAGCCAACUCUCUGUUUGAGGAGCGGAUGAAGGGAGACCUGGAGAGGGAGUGCAUUGAGGAGCUGUGCAACAAAGAGGAGGCCAGGGAGAUCUUUGAGAACGAGCCGGAGACUGAAUACUUCUACCCGAAGUAUGUCGUCUGUCUGGGGUCUCACCGUGUUGGCAUCGGUAAACACAACACAGAUUUGGCCAUCCCAUCUGAUCUGCGCACCUGUGUGAAGGAGAUCAGUAACCAGUGUACGCCGUAUCCAUGCUACAAGGAAGGCUCAGAGGGCUGCAAGGAUGGCCAGGCCUCCUUCACUUGUUUGUGUAAACCAGGAUGGAAAGGUCAAUUAUGUGAAACUGACAUCGAUGAGUGCACUGAUCCAGAGGUUCCAGAUCGAUGCAACCAAAAAUGCUACAAUAUUCCAGGGAGUUUCCACUGCAUGUGCGAGGAAGGCUACUAUAUCAUCGACAACAUCAACUGUGUGGACAUUGAUGAAUGCCAGCAGUACCCCAGUAUUUGUCAAGAGCCGGCCAAAUGUGUCAACACUCCAGGCAUGUUUGAAUGUCAGUGUGGUGCGGGAUUCAAAUACAACUUCACCACCAAAACCUGCGAUGAUGUGGAUGAGUGUGAGAACAAAGUGUGCGACGGCACUUGUAUCAACACUGUGGGCAGCUACGAGUGUCACUGCGACGGCCGUCAGGGUCUUCGCUUGGCGGAGAAUCACCUCUUCUGUGAGGCCAUUCCUGUGUGUGUGGAUCUGCACGAUUUCAAACACCCAGAAAUGCUGUACCUGGGAGAGCAGUUCACUGGGCUACCUGUCAUUUACCUGCGCUUCCGUCUGCCAGAGAACACAAAGUUCGCUGCAGAGUUUGACUUCCGCACCUUCGACCCAGAGGGAGUGAUCCUGUAUGCUGAGUCUUCCCAGGACUCGUGGUUCAUGCUGGGGCUCAGAGGUGGCCGCAUUGAGGUGCAGUUCAAGAACCAGCACACGUCCAAAGUCACCAGCGGUGGCAAAGCCAUCAACGAUGGGCAGUGGCAUGUGAUCUCUGUGGACGAACUGGAGAGUAGCAUCAGUGUGAAGAUCAGCAAGGAGGCAGUGAUGAGCAUCAACAGCCCAGACAGCCUCUUCACAUCAGUUAAUGGCAAACUGGAGACCAAAGUUUACAUUGCUGGUCUCCCAAACCGGACCGAUAACGUCAUCAAACAUAUCAACCCACGACUGGACGGCUGCAUCCGAGGUUGGAACCUGAUGAAUCAAGGGGCGUCCGGAGUGAAAGAAGUCAUUCAAGAGAAGAAGAGCAAACACUGUUUUGUUCAUGUGGAGCGAGGCUCCUUCUUCUCUGGAGCUGGACUGGCGAGCUUCAACAUUAACUACAGUGACUCACAAAGCUGGAAGGUCGAUGUGAGGAUGAACAUUCGCCCCUCUAGCAGCACAGGAGUCCUCUUUGCUCUGGUUCAGCACAACACUGUCCCUUUGUCCAUCGCUGUGGAAACAAAAGGAGAACUUGACGCUAUGUUGAAGGUUUUCAUGAACGGCGCUGCCGUGGCAACACUGGAAUCCGUGAUGUUGUGUUACCCUGAGAGCCUGUCAGUGAAGUUGAACCUAACAGCUACUGAAAUCCAAAUUUCAGCCAACGCAUCUACCGUUACCUACAUAGCGGAUAGCGCCCUGCAGGAGGCGCUACAGCGUCUCAAUUCCACAAUGCAAGAACCGGUUGCCACAUAUGUUGGAGGAAUACCAGAACACAUUCCAUUCUCCGCCUCCCCGGUGACGGCGUUUUAUCACGGCUGCAUGGACAUCACUGUCAACGACCAACUGCUGGAUUUUGACGAAGCACUGAGCAAACACAACAGCAUUAAGUCCCACUCUUGUCCUCCCGCUUCUGCCCAUGACCCAAAUGUUGCUCACAUGCAAAGAAAGUGACCUGAAUUAGCCUCAACAUUAGUCGACCUCCCGCUGGAUCGCCUUCCUGUUCCACUGCUCAGAGAGGAAAUUCACCAAAAGUCUUAGUAUUGAAAGGUAUUUGACCUAGUUCAAGUGUUUUCUAUUUCCCUGUUAUUUUCAGUGGUCCUGGGACCGAUUACGGACUGUGAUCUGUGACGAAAGCUGUCGUGAGUGAACUUUUGGGAAGCUGGCUGGCUGAAUGAUGGAGUUAUAGCAGUUCUUGCAAUUAAGAAUAGGAUUUCCAAGAAACACUGAAAACAGCUGAGCCCUAGCAGCCAUAACAUGUGCUGAGCAGCAGAUGUUUUUAAAGAGACAGAAACAGCUGCUGGGACCACCGGUCUUGUUGAAUCAUGUGAAUGAGAUGAUCUUUAAUUCCACUUGAGUUGGGGGGUGGGAGGGCGCAAAUAUCAGGAGACACUGACUUGGACAGGAAUGAAAUAUUCCAGCUGGUGUUUAUAUACACAAAUAUGCUGUCAUGAAAUCACUGUUGCUCAAUUUAAAUCAUUUCCUGGACGUGUUGUUGAUCAAAAGGCUGGGUGUAAUUGGAGAACUUCUGCUGUUGAAAGCAUCUUGUAAAUAAGAGGAGCCAUUGAUAAGCUAAAUUUAGUGGUUGUAUAGUGAUGUUGUGGUUUAAUAAAUAUGCUUAUUGACAACAUGACGUCUGCUCGCAUGUUAUCACUGAAUUAACCUUGGCAUGCAGGACACAAAUCCCAUUGUUUUAGCAACUAAAGUUGUUUUAUACUUAAACUAGAAAGUUGCUGGGGCACCAGUGUAAUUUCCUGACGUAAAAUCAGUGCCUGACACAUACAGUGGUACCUCGGUUUUCGAACGUCCCGGAAUUCGAACAAAUCGGAGUUCGAACAAAAAUUUCGAGAUUCUUUUGCGUGCGCGGACCGAUCCGCUAACCCACGACACGCUUUGUUAUUGUGUAUAACGCAGCCUCUGUAUGCAGACGUGUCCUGUUAGCUACAUUUACUGACGUUUUUUUCAUCAUAUUGAGGUGUAAAACCUUUCCUGUCUCCACACUGGACCGUGGUAGAGUGUCACAGGGGAGGUGCUCGCUCUCCACACCUUCGAGGCUGGAGCGCACACAUCAGGGUUUUAUGUCCUGUUGUGGGCUGGAGCUGGGACAGAGAUGAGGCGAGUCUGGGACAGAGCGUGACUUGGUUUAUGACUUUGUCCCAGCCAAACUGCACAGAAGCGCACAUUCAGAGCUGGACACGCACCGGGCACCUCUUCACUUCUGGAGAGACGUCACUCACUCGGCAACCCCUCCCACAUGCAGCGGCCACACACAUAGAGGAACAGCGCACCUGCAGCAGACACUCUGCAUUCACUCCUACAAAAGCCUAUUUUAAGGCUUGGAACCCAUUAUUUCUUUUUCCAUUCAUUGUCAUGGGAAAAAUCGAUUCAGAUUUCAAACAAUUCGAACAAUUUCCAACGGAUUGUGGUCGAGAACCGAGGUGCCACUGUAUUUGUUCUCGUAAUUCAUGUGAAUAUUUCCCAUGCAAUGAACACAAAUGAACACCAGGUGGCAGUAGCGUCAUCAAGCUUCAAUAAAGCACACAGGAAACGCAAAGAAGAGACCAUCAGCAGGGAAAGAAUUUAGAAACCUUUCACGAUAUUGGUAAAUCCACAUUUUUUUUAUUCAAUUGUGUGUUGCGUUUCAGUUGAAAGUGUUUCUGCAUGUUUAACUGAGCUGAUGCACUAAUCUGCUAAUAUAAACAAUGGGGCAAAUUUUAAAAGGUUUUUGUUUUGACUUUUUUUUUUAUCAAUCUUUUUUAUCAAAAAAACAUUUUAAAACAGGGCACCUCCAAAAUCAAGUCACUACUGGGUUAGUUUCCAAAUGCUAAGAGUUAAAUAUGUCUACACAAUAAAGGUUAUUCAUAAUCCAUAAUCUCUGUGAUUGGUGGAGUUAUAUUGGAACAUUUUUGGUACAUUUUGAAGACUGAAUAUGUCUGACGUGUUGACUUGUAGAUGAUGUGAAAAAAAAAUGUCUGAGACUGUCAAUUCAUAAUUU